CAUCAAGGUGGACUCCUGGUAGUAUGACCGGAAGCUCAUCCUUCAAAGUAAUUUAUCUAUGUAUAUGUAUUAAGCGCCAAAAUGAGAAAGAAAUUACCCAAAAGUAAUUGAGGAAGAUUAUUAACAUUAUCUUCUGCGUAUUAUUUCCUGCAUAAUACGAAAACCAAUUGUUUUUAUUGCAAUUUUUCCAGUAAACGGAAAUUGAGCGUUGCACUAUGUCUAGCUUCACUGCUGGUCCUCAGAAAGAGGAAAGGAUGUGACACGAGCCUCGGUGGCAUGCCCCAUCGGCCCAGAAGCGACGCUGUUUGUGUUCCGUAUUUUGAUAUGUAAAUUAGCGCGAGCCUCCUCUCCUCAAGCCCUUUUCCUAACCAGAGGAGGAUGAUCCACCGGCAGAUUCUGUUAUCCCAGGUUUUGGUCUGCUUUGGGUUACCUGGUCGUAAUGCUGAUGCAGCUUGGUAGUUUCAAGAACCUCUACCAGAACCGGCUCCUGAGCCUGGCUGCCAUGUCCUCCCCGACCCGCAGUGGGCAACCCCGCCAGCGCUGCAAAGGUGCAGCGCGUCACAGCUGUGGUCCAGACACAUAUGCAGUCAACGGUUUGAACCAGGAGGCCUUUAUGCUGGGGUUACAGCGCUCCACCAGUGACACCGACCUGGUCUCACCUGACACCCGGUCCACACUCACCAUUAGCUCUGCCCACUACACCAUAGGCCAGUCUGAAGAUCUGCUCAUCAAAUGGGACAUCAAGGAGGAAGUGGAUGCUGGAGACUGGAUUGGAAUGUAUCUUGUUGAUGAGACUCUUUCAGAGAACUUUCUUGAUUACAAGAACCGAGGCAUCAGUGGAUCUCACAAGGGGCAAAUAGUUUGGAAAAUUGAUUCCAGCUCCAACUUUAGAAAUGCAGAGACCCAGGUCUGCUUCAGGUACUACCAUGGUGUCACUGGAGCACUGAGGGCCACUACACCCAGUGUGACCAUCAAGAAGGGCUGCCCACCUGUAUUAAAGCCUGUGGUUAGUCCUGAAGUGAACCAUGGAUUGGGCAACAGGAGACUCAUUAACUUUUCUCUGUCAGAUGUCCAGGCUGUUGGACUGAAGAAAGGAAUGUUCUUUAAUCCGGACCCGUACCUGAAACUCUCCAUCCAGCCUGGGAAGCACAGUAUAUUCCCCUUACUACCACACCACGGCCAGGAAAAACGCUCUAAAGUGGUCUGCAACACAGUCAACCCACAGUGGAGCUCAGAGAGAUUCAACUUUGUGUCUCUGCCCACGGAUGUCCUGGAAAUUGAAGUAAAGGACAAGUUUGCCAAGAGUCGACCAAUCAUCAAGCGUUUUCUGGGGAAGCUUUCUGUCCCUGUCCAGAGGCUGCUGGAAAAACAUGCCAUCGGAGAUCGUGUGGUGAGUUACUCUCUGGGUCGCAGGUUGCCAACAGAUCAUGUUUGCGGCCAGCUGUUGUUCCGCUUUGAGCUGACCUCUUCGAUUCAUCCAGAUGAUGAGGAGGUUUCUCUGGUUAUGGAGCCAGCUUGUAAUGAGGUGGAAACUCCUGCUGACAGGAACCAUACAGCUAAUGCAGCUGAUGACGACACACUGAGUGUGAGCCUCAAUAUGCCGGAUCUCCCUCUGGAUGCUCCUCUGGACACGGACACCUCAACGCCAGCAACACAGAGCCAGGACAUCCCUCUUACUGAUCAGCAAGAAGACAGCGGGGCUGCAGAGGUGGAACCAGGAAGAGUGGAGGAGCAGAGCACAGUUAAGGAUGAGACCUCAGCUUCACAGCCUGAGGGAGAGCCAGGGGAUGGCAAUGGAGAAGAGGAACAGGGAGGGGAAACUGGAGAGGAGAACAAAGAGGCUGAAGGUGCAGCCCACCCUGAGUCAGACUCAGACUGCCCUACAGAGGCAGAGACAAAUGGAGGGGCCACUGGCGCUGGUGUAGAGGCUCCAUCUGGGGAGACGGCCCCAACACAGGAAGACUGUGUAGACUCUGCCCCAGGAGCCUCACAGGAGCCCAAUGAGAAAGGAGAAAGCAGCUGUGAACCCUGUUCCUGCCAGUCUCUGUUCUCCAACUGCAACUUCCAAGCUCCGUCACGGCGUAAAGCUCGGCCCUGCUCCCUGCCCGUGUCAGAACUGGAGACGGUGAUCGCCUCGGCGUGCGGGGAGCCAGAGACGCCAAGAUCCCACUACAUCCGGAUUCACCACCUCCUGCACAGCCUUCCAUCAGCCAGACCUCCCAGCCAGGAAGAGGAAGGGGAGGUCACCAACAUCACUGUGGACUUCAACGCUACAUCCCCAACCCUGAAGCACUCCAAAGAGGAGGAAGAGGAGGAAGAAGAGGAGGACGCAACACAGUCCCCAUCUCAGGUCCCAGAGUGUCCAGGCUCAUUCUGCCGGCGCUCUCUGCCUCGUAGCCUUUCCAUUGAGCGCCUGUCUGAGCUGAACCAGCUGCUGGAAGGUGAAGGAGGACGAGGAGGACUUGCAGUAACAAGAAGGAUUUCUUCAUCCUGGUUAGAUAGUGAAGAGGGGGAUUCUAACCUUGAAGGAGGGCCCAGGAUGUGUAGCAGGACCUAUAGACCUCCGGGCGAGAACGAAUGUGAGUUCUGCGACACGUCCUGCUACAGCACCUCCUGCUACAGCACCUCUUGCUACAGCACCUCCUGCUACAGCAACUCAGGUUAUGAGGGGAGGGGCCGCUUUUGCAGCCACAACCGCCUGUCAUCAGUGGACAGCAACCGGCUCUCUGGCAGCACCGUCUUCUCCUCACAGGAUGAAGAGGAAGACGAGGAGAGCGCCUUUGAGUCUGUUCCCAACCCGGUCCAGCCUAUCUGUCAGGAUCCGGGUGGGAACAGGGGAGAGAGGAGGACUGGAAGAUGGAAUGAGGCUAGAAGAGGGGAGCAAGGAGAGCCAGCAGAGGCCGGACCCAGUGACAAGAACUGCAUCGGCUCAGAUCUCUCCCCUCCUGUUGGUCAACUUCCAGUACUGCGACCCAGCCAUGACCCAAACCAUUUUCCUGCUGCCACUGACCCAGCCUUACCUCCAAACUGGGAAGCUCGUGUUGACAGCCAUGGCAGGGUCUUUUAUGUCGAUCAUGUCAACAGGACCACAACUUGGCAGAGACCAAGCCAUGGUGCCAAGUGCAACCAUGCCAUCCCUCGCUCGGGUUCUACGCAGCAAAUGGAGCAGCUCAACCGGAGAUACCAGAACAUCCAGAGGACCAUGGCCACAGAGGAGGAUAGUGGGAGUCGGAGUUCAGACGGUGAAUCGGAGCCUGCUCAGACAGUCCCUUCCUCCCCGGUCAAUCAUCAGAAGAUCACAUAUCUCCUUCAGUCACCGGCUGUCAAGUUCAUCUCACACCCUGAAUUUUUCACUGUGUUGCACAGCAACUAUGCUGCUUACCGUAUGUUCACCAGCAGCAGCUGUGUGAAGCACAUGAUCCUGAAGGUGCGUCGUGAUGCCAGAAACUUUGAGCGCUAUCAGCAUAACAGGGACCUGGUGGUUUUCCUUAACAAGUUUGCAGACACACAGCUGGAGCUGCCAAGAGGCUGGGAAAUCAAGACUGACCCACAAGGAAAGUCUUUCUUUGUGGAUCACAACAGCCGAGCCACAACCUUCAUUGACCCUCGGAUCCCACUGCAGAAUGGUCGACUGCCAGGCCAUCUUGCCCACAAACAGCACCUGCAGAGACUCCGUAGUUACAGCGCUGGAGAGGCCUCUGAAGUGUCCAGGAGUCGAGGGGCGUCUCUGAUGGGACGGCCCAGUAACAGCCUGGUAGCAGCCAUACGCAGUCACCAUCAAACUGACCCAAAGCAGCUGACUGCUCUCUCUUACAAUGAGAAAAUAGUGGCAUUCCUGCGACAGCCAAACAUAUUUGACAUGCUGCAGGAGCGCCAGCCCAGUCUAAGCAGAAACCACGCAUUAAGAGAAAAGGUGCACUACAUUCGGACAGAAGGUACUCAGGGUGUGGAGAAGCUGUCAUGUGAUGCAGACCUUGUAAUCCUGCUAAGCUUGUAUGAAGAGGAAAUCAUGUCUUACAUUCCGCCUCACCCCGUCCACCCUGGGUUCAGCUUCUCCCCUCGCUGUUCGCCUGCUUCCUCCCCACAGAGCUCUCCUGGUCUUCAGAGAGCCAGGGCCCCAGCUCCUUAUCGCAGAGAUUUUGAAGCCAAGCUGCGAAAUUUCUACCGCAAACUAGAGGCCAAAGGCUACGGCCAGGGACCGGGCAAGAUCAAACUGCUGAUACGAAGAGAACACCUGCUGGAGGGAACCUUCAACCAAGUGAUGGCAUAUUCACGUAAAGAGCUGCAGAGGAACAAACUCUACGUCACUUUUUUAGGGGAAGAAGGAUUAGAUUACAGCGGUCCAUCCAGGGAAUUCUUCUUCCUGCUCUCCCAGGAGCUCUUUAAUCCAUACUAUGGUCUGUUCGAAUACUCCGCCAAUGACACAUACACUGUUCAGAUCAGCCCCAUGUCAGCUUUUGUUGAGAACCAUCUAGAAUGGUUCCGUUUCAGUGGCCGUAUUCUGGGCCUGGCUCUGAUCCACCAGUACCUGCUGGAUGCCUUCUUCACCAGACCCUUCUACAAGGCUCUGCUCAGACUGCCCACAGACCUGUCUGAUCUGGAGUACCUGGAUGAGGAGUUCCACCAGUCUCUCCAGUGGAUGAAAGACAAUGACAUCACCGAUAUCUUGGACCUCACUUUCACUGUGAAUGAGGAAGUUUUUGGCCAGGUGACAGAGCGGGAGCUGAAGUCAGGUGGCUCCCAUCUCCAAGUGACAGAGAAGAACAAGAAGGAUUACAUCGAGCGAAUGGCGAAGUGGAGAGUGGAGAGGGGGGUUGUGCAGCAGACAGAGGCGCUGGUCAGAGGCUUCUAUGAGGUGGUGGACUCCAGGCUGGUGUCGGUGUUUGAUGCGCGGGAGCUGGAGCUGGUCAUUGCUGGGACUGUGGAGAUCGAUCUCAGUGACUGGAGGAGCAACACAGAGUACAGAGGAGGUUACCAUGACGGCCACAUUGUGAUGCGAUGGUUCUGGGCAGCGGUGGAGAGGUUUACCAAUGAGCAGCGUCUCCGCCUGCUGCAGUUCGUCACAGGGACGUCCAGUGUGCCGUACGAAGGCUUUGCAUCCCUAAGAGGAUCUAACGGCCUCCGACGUUUCUGCAUUGAAAAGUGGGGCAAAGUCACAUCACUACCCAGGGCUCACACCUGCUUUAACCGCCUUGACCUUCCUCCAUACCCCUCAUACACCACUCUGUAUGAGAAGCUGCUCAUCGCUGUGGAGGAAACCAGCACUUUUGGCCUGGAGUGACCCCUAGGAAUCAAAUGGUUUCACUCUGUCUGGGCCUGGAAGCUGAAAGGAGAGCAGCCCAUGUUGGCUCCGAGUCUCGUAAAGAUUUGUGAAGUGUAACAGACAUUUGGUGAAUUGGCCUGGCUCUCUGUACAUCCCUGUUGGGUUCUGUUAUAUGUAAAUGUUAUAUCCUGUUGGGCAGAGGAUAUAACGCAAAAACAGGAAGUAAGAAAAUAAAAGCUUCCCCACCAAAAUAAAAUACAAUUAAAAAACAAAGGAAAACAAAUAUUCAUAGAUGAGGAUGGAUUUUUACACACUAGAAACCAAAAAUAAAAGCAUUAUAAAACAGAAA